UUACAAAAAACAAAUCAAAGUCAAACGUGAUUUGUAACUUAUUAAAUUUCACGUAUAAAUUAUUAUAUCUAUUUAUUACUUUUUAUUUAAACAGUAAAAUCUUACGUUGGAUUAAAAAACCUAAACUUUAUUAAUCGUUGUUAAGCUGCAAGUGCCGACUGUAAAAAUAUGAAACAUAACAAACCAACUAUCUAAUUAAAAUUUGAGACUUUGUAUUAUAUUUAUUAUUCACUUGGGCAUAUCAAUAACCAAAAUGAUAGCUUUUAUAAAUAAGAACAAAAAUGACUUAAUUUAUUUAGGACUUUUAUUAUUUAGUGUGUUUAUAGGUCGAUAUUAUAGAAGUUUAGGCUCAGUGCAAGCUAAGAAAUGGGUUGGUUCAAUAAUUGGACUACUUCUAAUAGUAACUGUAUCUGGUUACAAUGCUAUACAUCCAAUAUUUUCAGCACUUCUUGGAAUAACGAUUAUUAAGUUGACAACUGUGCGAUACUGCCAUGUUGCAACAUUCUUUCUAAUGUUUGGAUAUUUGUUUUUCUUCCGAUUGUCAGAUAAAUUUGGAUUACCAUUAUCAUCAGGGCAAACCAAUUUGAUUGAAAUGAUAAUUGUGUUACGAGUUGUUGGAGUAGCAUUUGAAAUAAAUGGAUCUUGGAUAACCGUUGGUAAAACAAAGAAGCAAGAAAAUGAUGAUAAAAAAUCUCAAGUAAAAGAAUUUGAUAGAGAUGAUGAUUUUGUUGAGAUUAUAAAUCCAUGUUAUGCUGAUUUAUUCCAUUAUACUUUUAACUAUGUAGGAUUACUUACAGGUCCAUACUACAGGUAUAGAACAUUUGACGAUUACUUUCAUCUGCCAUUUAGCAAAUAUGUGGAUUGCACUGGUUUCACUAUUAAUACAUUGAAGAUAGUUCCGUUAUAUGUAUCUCUAUAUUUAGCAUUAUCUAACCUUUGGCCUUUGGAGUAUAUCCUAAGUGAAGAUCAUAAUAAUAGGAACUUCUUGUACAGAAUGUUAUAUCCAUGGGCAUUGUUUGCUGCGUUCCGGCAGCGUGUGUACUCUGGUAUGACUUUAGCGGAGAGUGUGUGUACAUCAGCAGGCCUCGGAGCAUAUCCUGUGCAGGGCAGGAAUAGAACUGGUCAUGGACCAACCGUAGGUUAUUUGAAGCUUAAAAAAAUGAGUGAGGAGGAAGCAAAAUUGGUCCAAUAUGAUUUUAACACAGUGGAGUCAAUGGAUGUUUGGGGUUGUGAAACCGUUGUUACUUUACGGGACUCUAUGAAAGUCUGGAAUAAGGCUGUGCAGUAUUGGGUUGCUAUGGUUGUCUAUAAGAGGUUCCCUGUAAAACUGCUAAAAAUUCAUGCAGCAUUAUUUGUGUCUGUGAUUUGGCAUGGCUACCAUGCUGGUUAUUUCUUUUGCAUUUACUUUUGUCCAUUUUAUUUGAUGGCUGAAGAUAUUUAUUACAAACUAUAUUAUAAGGAUGCCACAGGAACGAAAAAGAAAGUUAUCGGCUUCAUCAUGUGGUUCUUACGAUCUCAUUCUGAAUCUUAUCAAGCGGCUGCAUUUUUACUUUUAACAUUUGACAGAAUUUGGAUUUAUUAUUCUUCGGUAUAUCAUUAUUGGUAUGGCGUAUGGUUUGCCUUCCUAAUACUUGGUUUAUUGUUAAACCAAGUGCAUAAAAUAGGAAAACCCAAGAAAAUAUUAAAUGAUACAAAAGAAAAAAAUUAUAGUGUAAAACAAUAAUUACAUAUUUCUAGACAAAUUUUAAUACGGGAACGUAUAUUUAGAUUUUAGUGAUAAUAAAGGUUGUAGGGGUGAUAGACAUAGAAUUUUAUACUGAUAAAAAUACAGUAAAAGUCAUUUUUAAAUUAUAUCCUACCUCUUAAAUAAAAGACA